AUGCUGAAGAAGAACACGAACGCCCUGAUGUGCUGCGGCUUCGCGGCCGCGCUCAUGGUGGUCAUGGCUGCCACCCUCCUCCUCUCCUCAUGCGAUGCCCGCAAAGAGAUGGAUGAUCUUGCUGCUUCUUUUGUGCCGGCGUCGUGCUACUCCAACUACUUCCCACACUGCACCGACCACCGGUGCAAGAAGUUCUGCGGCGGCGCCCGCGAGCCGCCGGUCCCCGGAGCCUUCUGCAACGACAGAAGCAACUGCUGCUGCCCCGUUAGUUGA